CCAGCCAACGGCGCCGUCUUCCAGAUUGCUUCCCCAAGCUUGCUACUCCUUCCUGCUUCGUCGCCUGCUCCUCCGCUCCUCUGUCCAUGGCUUCCUCAAGCACCAAGGUUCACAAUGGAUUGGUAAAAAGAAGGAAUGUACCCAAGGAGCUUUAUCUAUCAAAACUAUGUAGAAGUGAGAAUGGCCUUAUUGCAGUACCCGUUGUUGCUAGCACAUAUGGUAGGGGUUUGCCCUAUGCUCCUGAAAAUUGGCCAUGUAGUGGAGAUGAAUGGCAUUGGAAAGUGGUGGGAAAUAGAUCUACUAUGAGUGGGCACUGGUCCGAUAGGUAUCUUAUCCCACCCUCACGUUUUUGUGCUACUAACAAAAGUAUAAUACUGAGAAGUAAGCAAGAAGUUAUAAAGUUUAUCAAGACACUAUUUCUCGAUGUUGAACCCGACACAUUUUUAUCUAUGUUUAUAUGGAGUAUCCGUGCUAAAGGGAGCAUGACUCAAAGAGGAGCUCAACAAGUGAGGGGCCUUGAACUUGAAACUCUCACAGUGGAUCCAACUGAAGAGAUAAAUGGAAUAAUUGAGCCGUCAUUAGCACUGGGUUAUGAUAACUUCUCUACAUUUCCUAAUUUCUAUCAUGACAGUUGUUGCAUUAUCUGCGGUAGAACUGUUGACUAUUACUUUCGAGGUUAUAACUACAUAAAGUGCAAAGUAGUUGUGGGUGAGAACAACAUAUGUGGGCAUGUUGGGCCCCUUGAUUGUGCUUUUCAACAUUUGUUGGCUGGAACUGUUGGAGGAGGUACACCCAUGGAUGUGCAAUACUACUGCAGGCGAUGUGAUAGCAAAACCAACCUAAUGAUGCAUGUGUACAAGCUGUUGGAAACAUGUCUAUCCCUUAGAUCAAAGGAGGAAAUUAAGCCUAUCCUAGAUUUGGGCUUAAAUAUCUUGAGUGGUUCAAGACAACCACAAGCAAAAAACUUGGAGAACUACAUGGGAUUAGUGAUGUCAAAGAUUAAUAGUAAGGUUGAUCUUGCUGAAGAUUGGAAAAUGGAUCAUGGUGAUGGCAUGGAAAUACCGUGUGCAGAAGAAUUUUUCCCACCCACAACCAAUGCCACGAUGCUAGGGGAUGAGAAAUAUCCAUAUCAAAUCAAUCCACAUGUUGAUCAUGAGCUGCAAGGUGCUGCUAAAGGUGUUCCAGGCCACACUUGAACAGGAAAAGUUCAAGGACAUGCUCAAAGUUUCCAAGGGAUUUGGGGAAAUAGUGGAAAUUUCGUUAAUGAUCAUUUCAAAUUAUCAGCUGAAUAGUUCAAAGUUCGAGUAGCAUAAACCUAGAUUCCAUAGUUUAUUGUAAACCAUACUCUGCAAUGUUAUUGUACUAUUGUAUC